CUCCCCCCCCUUCUCGCGGCCGCCUGGUGGAUCUGCCCGGAAGUGCCGCCAUUUUGGAUCAUUUGCGCGCAGGGAGACGGAGAGUGGAGCGUGACCCGGCUACGACGCGGCUGCACGUUGGGGUCACUGGACCUCCUGGUCUGAUUACUGCCUUCAUAAUACCAGAGAAAGCUGAUGGGGGCUAAUUAGAAAAAGACCAUGGCGUCAUUUAAACUUGAUUUCCUGCCCGAGAUGAUGGUGGAUCAUUGCUCACUGAACUCCAGUCCCGUAUCAAAGAAGAUGAAUGGAACCAUGGACCACCCAGACCAUCCGGAUCCUGACUCCAUCAAAAUGUUUGUGGGACAGGUCCCUCGCAGCUGGUCAGAGAAAGAGCUGAGAGAACUUUUUGAGCAAUACGGAGCCGUCUACGAAAUAAACGUCCUGCGCGACAGAAGUCAGAAUCCUCCUCAGAGCAAAGGAUGCUGUUUUAUUACUUUCUACACACGGAAAGCUGCGUUAGAAGCACAGAACGCGUUGCACAACAUGAAAAUCCUCCCUGGGAUGCAUCAUCCAAUUCAAAUGAAGCCAGCCGACAGUGAAAAGAAUAACGCCGUGGAAGACAGAAAGCUGUUUAUCGGGAUGGUUUCCAAAAAGUGCAACGAGAACGAUAUCCGCGUCAUGUUCUCUCAGUUCGGCCAGAUAGAAGAGUGCCGAAUCCUGCGAGGACCUGAUGGCUUAAGCAGGGGUUGUGCGUUUAUCACAUUUACAACUAGAUCCAUGGCACAAGGUGCAAUCAAGGCCAUGCACCAAGCACAAACUAUGGAGGGAUGUUCCUCUCCGAUUGUAGUCAAGUUCGCAGACACCCAGAAAGACAAAGAACAGAAACGAAUGACGCAGCAACUACAGCAGCAGAUGCAGCAAAUCAACGCAGCGUCGGUUUGGGGAAACCUCGCAGGGCUCAACAGCUUGGCCCCCCAGUACUUAGCACUUUAUUUGCAGCUCCUCCAGCAGACAGCCUCCUCCGGAAACCUCAACUCCCUAAGUGGCCUGCACCCCAUGGGAGGUGAGUACUCCACGGGAAGAACAUCAGGACUCAAUGCCAUGCAGCUGCAGAACCUGGCAGCUUUGGCAGCUGCCGCCAGCGCCGCACAGAACACCCCCAGCCCGGGCUCGGCACUCACUGCCUCCAGCAGCCCCCUCAGCGUCCUGGCCAGUUCUGGUUCAUCCCCCAGUUCAAAUAAUAGCUCAUCCGUCAAUCCCAUGACCUCUCUAGGUGCGUUGCAGACGUUGGCGGGAGCGACUGCCGGGCUCAAUGUUAGUUCUCUCGCAGGAAUGGCUGCUCUAAACGGAGGCCUUGGAAGCAGUGGCCUGUCCAACGGCACCGGCAGUACGAUGGAGGCCCUUAGCCAAGCGUACUCUGGGAUCCAGCAGUACGCUGCAGCCGCGCUGCCCUCGCUUUACAACCAGAGUCUCCUGUCCCAGCAAGGCUUGGGGGCCGCGGGGAGUCAGAAAGAAGGGCCAGAGGGGGCAAACCUUUUCAUAUACCACCUGCCGCAGGAGUUUGGAGACCAGGAUCUCUUGCAGAUGUUCAUGCCGUUUGGAAAUAUCGUGUCCGCCAAAGUUUUCAUCGAUAAACAGACGAACCUCAGCAAAUGUUUUGGUUUUGUGAGUUACGACAAUCCCGUCUCGGCCCAGGCGGCAAUCCAGUCUAUGAACGGCUUUCAGAUUGGAAUGAAACGCCUGAAAGUUCAACUGAAACGCUCGAAGAACGACAGCAAACCGUACUGAUACAUACUGCCCUGGGAAGUGAGCGAGAAGGAUGUUCUGAUCCCUUCUGCCAUUUGUCCAUCAUUGUGCCUCUAAAGCAUGUCGGUGUGGCGUUCAAGUACAUCGUCCAAAUCCUUGUUUCUCCAGCUUCUUUGAUGCUUGAACUCUCACCUCUGAACUUGUGUUGACUUUUUUUUUUUUUGAUGCUAAUGUGUAUUUUUAUGAUGCGUUUUUUCUUUUUCUGUGUUUUUGUUUUGUUUUUUUUCCUUGUGUGUUGCCAAAUUGAUUUUGCUACAAAAGAGUGCAAAGAGGGACACAAUAUUUAAAUCCGCUUUGAUUAUAAAAAAAAAACAUAGAAAAUCUAUUUUUCUAGAAAUUCAUAAAGUAACCACUUAAUUUUGAAAUGAUACUUUGUUACCUAUCCCUUUUGAGCUGACGUACCCUGUUUAAUAUGAGUCCUCUUUCUAUCAACAAACUGCUUUAAUUAGGUCAAAUUAAAUUAAUACGUUUCAUUUUUUUUGUAAAAAAAAUAAAUUUAAAAAGA